AUCCAUGCCCUUAAUUGAUCUCCAAGUUCACAAAACAAGCACCCUAGUCCCUAUACCAAACCAAACUCCCCUCCCCCCAAAUUAGAAGGAAGAAAUGAGCCAUUUCAGAAUGACCCGUUCAUCAUCCCAGCUAAACACCCCUCCUAAACCCAAACCCACCACAACAAAGCAAGAGACAAUCCUAAAAAUCUCGGGAUGCACGGCCUACCUCGUGGACGAAGGGGAAGCCCUGGAGCUCGCCUCGGGCGACUUCACCAUCGCCCGAGUCGUGACCCCCGACAACAAGGGCGGCUUCCCCCUCGCCACGGUGAUCAAGGUAGGGGGCCACCUUCAGUGGCCCCUAACGAGAGACGAGCCCGUGGUCAGGCUCGACUCUCGUCACUACCUGUUUUCCCUCCCCAUGAGGAGGGGCGGCGCACGCCCGCUGAGCUACGGGCUGACUUUUCCUCGCCACGUCAGCAGCAAGAUCGCGGCCGUGCUGGACUCGUUCCUCGCCGAGAAUUCCUGCUUCUCUGGCUCUAGCAGCCCUGUUUCUUCAUCGUCAGGCAGCAGCAGCAGUAACUUGGAGUGGAAGCAACUCGCUCCGAGGGUUGAGGAUUACAACAACGUUCUGGCUAGAGGGAUUGCCGAGGGGACAGGGCAGAUUGUGAGGGGGAUCUUCAUGUGCAGCAACGUUUACAGCAACUUGGUGCAUAGCUGCGCUGAAAUGAUUUUGAAUGGUGGUGGUGGCGGGAAGGGUGAUCAAGUCAGCUAUGGAGGGGCGCCGCCGGCUGGUGGAAUGAACAGCUCCAAGAAGUCUAACGGUGGAGCGAAGAGCGGCGGCGGCCCUAAUCAAAACAGCUUAAAACGUGUGAGGGAUUUAUCGAAGAUGACAGAAGAGGUAAGCAAGGCCAUGCUAGAUGGAGCAAAUGUAGCUUCAAGCUCAGUGAUGGCGCCGCUGCUCAACUCCCAAGCAGGGAAGCUACUCCUGGCUAGCCUUCCAGGAGAAGUCAUCUUCGCUUCACUCGAUGCCAUAAAUAAAAUCCUAGACGCAGCAGAGGCGGCUGAGAAGCAGGCACUGGCGGCCACCACGGCGACGACGACACGGGUCGUGAGUCAAAGGUACGGGGAAGGUGCGGCCGAGACGACCGGAGAUGUGCUGGCGACGGCCGGUCAUGCCACGAACACGGCGUGGAACGUUGUCAAGUUCCGAAGGGCUGUCAAUCCGGCCAAGUCGGCUGCUGCCUCCACGGCUGUCCUUAGGAACAGUAGCAGCUGGAAGUAAUCUUCUUGAUUAAUGGAAGGCUGCAAAAAAAAAAAAAAAAAAAAAAGAAGUUUUAUCAUGUAUUAUGGACAUGAUUAACCUAGCUAGCUAGGGUUUGGUUUGCUAAUGUAAUGUUGAAAAGUUUUAUGUGUCACACACCAUGGGGGAAAAAGACACUAAAUGAUGUUUCAUUUCACCAAUUACAAGGAGGAGCAAUAGGUAACGACGAAUUACGUGAAAAUUUGUCGAUUGAUGAGAUUGUGUAAACGAAAAAAUAAUUUGUAUAUGUGAACUUGCAGACAUGAUUUACA